CAACCUCUGGAAGGUUCCGGUGGAUGAAGGAAGGAGGGAAGGAGCAAGGAGAGCGAGAGAGAGCGAGAGAGAGAGCGAGCGGGGAAGGGGCGGGGCGGCCUUGUUGUCCUUCCUCCUCCUCCUCCUCCCCCUCCUCCUCCUCCCCUUCGUGGCCAUGAUCCGCACCGGGGCUCGGGUCCCUCUCUAGCCUGGCUCCGUCCGGCAGCCGCUUCCUCCCGCCCGCCCGCCCGCCCGCCGCGGCCAUGGCCAAGGAGCAAGGCGGCGCCGCCUCGGCCUCGGCGGGCUCUCCGCCGUCCUCGCCGCCCGCCUCCUCGUCCUCGUCCUCGGGGCCCCCCGGCCCGCGCCUCUGCCCCAUGCGCAAGGGCCCCUCCGGCUACGGCUUCCACCUCCACGGGGAGAAGGGCAAGAGCGGGCAGUUCAUCCGGCAGGUCGAGCCCGGCUCCCCCGCCGAGGCCGCCGGGCUGCGGGCCGGAGACAGGCUGGUCCAGGUCAACGGGCACAACGUGGAGAAGGAGACCCACCACCAGGUGGUGCAGCGGAUCAAGGCGCUGGAAACGGAAACCUGCCUGUUGGUGGUGGACAAAGAGACAGACGAGUUCCUCCGGAGCCAGCAGCUGACCUGCACGGAGGAGAUGGCGCGGACAGGCCUGGCGGUGGGUGGCCAAAGCCCGGGGCUCCAACCACCCAGUGGUCAUAGUAACGCCCCAGACUGGACGCCCCAAGCCGAUCCCAGCGGGAGGCACCUCAAGAGGCACAAACUCAGCUCCAGCUCGGAAAACGGCCGGAAGGAUCUGAAUGGAGCAGCCAAGGAGGCCCUGUGUCCCCGGCUCUGCCUCCUCCGGAAGGGCCCCAAUGGCUACGGGUUCAACCUCCACAGCGAGAAGUCCAGGCCUGGGCAGUUCAUCCGGUCGGUGGAUCCGGACUCACCGGCGUUCAAGGCGGGACUCCGGCCACAGGACAAACUGGUGGAGGUCAACGGGAUCAACGUGGAGGGCCUGAAGCAUGCGGAGGUGGUAUCACACAUCAAGUCCAAGGACGGUGAGGCCCGACUUUUGGUUGUGGAUCCGGAGACAGAGGAGCAUUUCAAGGCACUGGGCCUGGUCCCAACGGAGGAACACGCCCGCGGUGGCGUUGCCUUGCCGGUGAGCAACGGAUCUGCCCAAACGCAGCUGAAUGGAGGAUCCUUGUCUUCAUCCCACAGCGAUUGCCAAAGUCCUGAGAAGGAGACGGAGCCCCGAAAGAGGGACCCCUUCGAGGAGAGCGGCUUGAGCUUGAGCCCAACGGCUGCUGAGGCCAAAGAGAAGGUCCGGGCCAAGCGGGUCAACAAGCGGGCCCCACAGAUGGACUGGAACAAGAAGAGGGAGAUCUUCAGCAACUUCUGAGCUUCGCUCUUGGCCUCCCUUCCUUCCACCAUGGGACGCUGGCGACGGGUUCGGAUCAUGCCCAGACCCACCUCCAGGACUCAU